AUGAAUGAUGUUCAGAUCGAUUGGAAUGAUGUUUAUCCAGAAUAUACAGGAAGUGAUCUUCGAAGUCUCCAGGAUCAUGAAGAUUGUCAAAUUGUUCGAGGAGUAAAAUUUAACACAAAUUCUAAGGAAGAUGAGAGCAACUAUGGGUCAAAUUACUACUCAGGAAUUGAAACUGUCACAAAAGAAAAAUUUGUUAUUUCUCUAAAACCAUUCACAAACCAAACUGAUGCAAGCCAAAUCAAAAAUAAUUUAAAGCAAAGCUACCAUUUAAUUUCUCAAUGCAUCACAAGUGUCUUAGAAAUUCGUAGUCAUAAGAUUGGGGACAAUCAUGUGCAUAUAUUUUACAAAUUUUACAACUUCACCUUUAGAAACUAUAUACAAGGGGAAAGUGCCAGUAAAAACUUCAAGUACUUGCUGAAAAAAUUGUUCAAGGCUGUCGACUCGAUCCAUAAUAAGGAGAUCAUUAUUGGAAAUAUUUUACUUGAUAAUAUUGCAAUUGUAAAUGAGAAUAAUAAGCUCAAACCAAAAAUAUUUAAUUUAUCGAUGGCAGAAUCCUCAGCAGAUCAAGAAAUGUACACAAAAGACAAAAGAGAUGUUGGAAUUCUGAUACUUUCUAUUAUUGUUGGUGACGAAGACGCUCGAGCAAUUGCAAAAAAAUUUCAAAACGUUGAUACUCGAGAUGAGAAAUUUAACCUAAUUUAUGAGAAGGUAAAGAAUGUCUCAUGGAUUCCAAGGACUAAUAUCAAAAUAUUUGCAGAUCUAAUUGCCUGCUUAUUAAAUGUUAAACCUUCAAAUAGUCUCGCAGAAUUUAAGAAUCACGCCUUCUUUUACAACCGCGAGAAAACUUUAGAAUAUCUAAGUGCUGUUAAUGGACGUCUUAAUCUAAGUCAAGAUGAAAGGAGUAAAAACUCAAAAAAAGCCGAUGAUGUUAAGAACAGGAAAGACGUUUUAAACAAAAUAUUGCCAAACAACUUGGAAGUAUGCAAAAAACUUGUAGACUAUUUUGGAGGAUUUGAGCCAAAAGAUGCUACUUUAGCUGAACGAUGUAGAGAAGCGAGGAAUAAGGAGGUCCAUCUUGAAGACGAUACAGAUAGUGAAUGUGAAAUUGAAGCUGAAGAUUCCGACAAGAAUGGAGAAGCUGCAACCAAUUCCAUUCAAGCUGUAGAAUUUGAAAGUGAAUUUAAUAUCACAAGUUGUGACAAAAGUAGGCAAACUGAAAAUAGCAAUGAUUGUAAAAAAAAACCUAAAGCUCAUAAAAAAGAUCCAGAAAAAUGGAAAAUAUUUUCUAAAAUUCUUCUAAAGAAAGGCGGUGCAAUUAAUCUUCACCUAGAAGUAGAUGAAAAUUUCAUUUAUGAUUUGUUUAAUAGUGUCCGGAUUCUUGCUUUUAAUCCAAAUAUCAGAAGAUUCUAUAUUGACUCGUUUUUGUUUGAUGACCCGCAAAGUAGGUUUAAUGAUAUUCUUACUGAAAUCAAAUUAGAUGAAUCGAAGAAUAAAACAGAUGAUGCUGAAAAAACUAACGAGCAGUCGAAAAAUAUAGCAAAUAAAGCACCAAUAAAACCUGCCCCCAGUCGUUCGUCUGACGAACAAAAUGAAAAGAUCAGAAUGCAGGAUGUGUGUGAAAAAGCAAUAAAGCAAACCACAUCAACAAAUAAACCGAAAAAGAAAAAUAAGCCAACAGGGGUUUCGAAGUAA